AUGAAGUUUUUCAGUGUUGCUCUUGCUGCCCUCUUCGCGGCUGUCGCCGUCGCAGGCCCUGUUGAGCUCGAGAAGCGCUGUGCUGCUUCGGGUGAGAUCUGCAGCACUGCUUCCAACUGCUGCAGUGGUGCUUGUGCCAAGGGGCCAGUGGGUGCCCCUAGAAGCAGCAACAUUGGCAAAUGUGGUUAA